AUGCAGAUAAGAGCUGGGUUACAUGAAUUUCGACCCACGAAUUUUUUGUCCCGGACUUUCGGUCCGGUCCGAAAUCCCGAUGAUUUUUCGGCCCGGGCCGAAAAUUCAUUAGAAAAGCAGUGCAUAUCGAAAAUAGCUGAAGUUCUUGAGCUCGAUGAUUCAACUGAAUCAAAAAUCAUUGCCAAAGAAUUAAUAAUUAAAGGACGACACACUCUGCGAGAUUAUGAACAAGAUGUAACACCAACUGUAUUUAAAAAAGAAAUGAGUAACAAUCAAAAAACGAUUACUGAAGAAUGGUUCCAUGCAUUCCUUCAAAAACAAACAUCACAAUCAUUUGCUAUUUAUAAUAAGAUAUUGACACGAACUGCUGAAUAUGGUUCGAAGUUUAUGAAAGACAAUGCAGUAUUAUCUUUAAUACUUCAAUUUCUAUUCGAAUUUGAUGAUAAAACAAUGGAGGAUGAUAAUUUAUGCAAUCGGAUGUGGAAUACUAUGCUCAGUGAAGGUCAUCAAGGUCAACCGUUGAAAGAUUUAUUUAAACAAGAAGAAGUCAAUAUUGAUAAGCCACACAUAUUGGAAAUUGCUGUCGGUUGUGUGGCAAAUUCUGGCUGGUGGAAAGGUUUACAUGAUGAAAAAGUCACCGAUUUGUCUAAUAAUGAAUAUUCAAAUCAUCAUGUGUUACCAACAACAAUGAGUACCAUUAGGAACGAUGAUGAUAUACGACGACAAGAACGAACUCGAGAAUGUAAAAUGAUCACCAUGUGUAUCAAUGAGCAUGAAAAAUUACAAUUAUCAAAUUUGGUUGAAGCGGGUGAAUUAAUGUAUAUUGAUCAGAAACUUGAUCAUGUCCUAGACAAUAUUAUUCAAGAUUAUUGUUUUAAACAUAGUUUUGCUUCAUUUAUCAAUGCUUGCCUGAUACCAAUCAUAAAUCUUGUUCCAUUUCUUCAACCAUCAUUAACGAAUGAUAUCACAUCCUAUCAAUUUGUUUCAGAUAUUAUUUAUAUCUGGGAUUAUUCAAUUUCAACUAUUCUUUCUUUUGGUAUUGGUCCAUGUUAUGGUAAAUCGACAAUAAUCAAUACAGUUUUUCUUUCAUCUUUUGAACAAUCAAGUAUUUAUUUUCAAAAUACGAUUGAUAUUGAUUUUGGUUAUAGUUUUUUACCACGACGAUCAACGAAUAUUGCUGAUGCUCAUGGUUCUAUGAUGAAAACAUUAUUUGAACGAAUUCAUGAAUUAUUCGAUGGAUUUCUUAUUCAUGUUGAAUAUAAAUUUCUUCUUAAUAAUAUCGAUUGUGUUCUUGAUUUCUUCAAUGUAAUUAGAAGUGAAAGAAAAUAUCGAUUAAUAAUUGUUCGUGAUGUUCCAACAGAUCAACAUAGUCAAUGUUCCACUCUAUUAUCAUCCACAUUUGCUGGUAUUGAUACAUUUAUUUCACCUGAUAUUGCCGAUCAAAAUAAAAAACAAAAUAAACAUUUUAUUUUAACAUUAGGUUAUCAAAUCUGGGAAAAAAUUCCCACUGAAUGUCGACGUGAUAUGACUUUUAUUAAAAAUAACUUAAAAGAUUUAAUGGACAAUGAAUAUAAACAACAUUUAGAUCAAAUGUAUACAACUAUUCUACCAUUACAACAAGUAUUAUUAGAAAUAGCUGCUGAUGAAAGCAGGGUCACUCGAUUUUUUCCUGAAUAUUUAAGAUUUGUUGAAUUAUGUGCAUUAAAACUAAAAUUAGCACGUUUUAAUUUCUAUGGCAAUGAAAAUGAUGCUCUUGUCUAUGAAGUUCGACGUAAAAUUUUUGAAUUAGAAGGUCCAUCUGAAAUGAUAACAACAGAUCCGCAAUUAUUAACAGCAGCAUUAAAACAAGAACGUGCACAAUUAGUUUCAACUGCUGAUAUGGCUACAGAAUUACCUAUACAAAAACGUUUAUCUUUAGAAGUUUUAUGGCGUAAUGCUAUUGUUUGUAGUCAACAUAAACAAGAAAAAGUUCAAAAAUAUCUUCAGCAACAAUAUUAUGAAUAUAUUAAAGCUGGUUUUCCAUUUGAAAUUGUUGAUGGUGAUAAUUUCUAUUUUCAAUAUUCAUUUUUAUUUGAAGUUUUACAACCAUUUCAUAAUCAUCGAACAUUAGUAAUUAGUAUCAUUGGACCACAAAAUUCGUAG